CCAGAGUGAAGCGGCAAAGGAUAGCUUCUAUUUCUUCUCCUUUUGCCUCCUCUCUGGUUCUGCUUCGAUAUAUAUUUUUUUUUUCCUUCUUCUUCGAGGAUUUGAAAAAAAAAUAAAUAAAUAAAUAAUGGCGGCCGAAGAAGAAGAAGAGGUGGUGGCUGAAGUGGAAGCUUUACGAUCAGUGUACGGCGAAGAUUGCUGGGUUCUCGAUUCGUAUCCGCCUCAUAUCCACCUUCACAUCAAGCCUCGAACCGCCGAUGACAUUUCCAAACAGUUUGUGGAAGCUGUUAUUGGUAUCCAAGCAGGUUUUCAGUAUCCCAUAGAACAGCCUCGGAUUGAUCUUGUUGAUUCAAAGGGUCUUGAUGAACAGAGAAAAAAGCUUUUAAUAUCUUAUAUUCAAGAAAAAGCGUGUGAACUAUCCUCUUGUUUAAUGCUUGUAGCCCUUUGUGAGGAAGCUGUGGAGAAGCUCACCCUUAUGAAUCACCCUGAUGGUGAUUGUCCAUUGUGUUUGUAUCCUUUGGUCGCAGAAGAUGAGCAGAAUAAUACCUUGCCAUUUAUGAAGUUGCUGUCUUGCUUUCAUUGCUUUCACAGUGAGUGCAUUGUUAGGUGGUGGAACUGGCUUCAAACAGAACAAAAAACCAAUUCUAGUGAUUCAUCAGCCGCAACUACACAUCCUAUAAGAGACAUGGAAAAUAAAGAAGACGCUUAUGGCGCCAUGGAAGAAAUUAUGGGAAGCUGCCCAGUUUGUCGCAAGGUUUUUCACACCAGGGACUUUGAACAUGUGCUUGACCUGGUUGGAUCUCAUUCCUCUCAAUUGAAUUGUGAUGAAAUCCAUGAUGGCAAAGAGCUUCUUCAUUCGAGUUUGGAGAAUACUAGAAGACAAAGGUUUGAGGCCAUAUUGAAGUUACAGCAAGAUAACAGUGGUCUAAUUGAACCUAAAAGACAUCUUAGUGUUUCGCCUGGUAUGUUUGCUCCACUACCAGUAACAUCGAAUGAUACUGUGACAAACAAAGCAUACGAUGAGCAACAACAGCGAGACUCCCCAGACACCUCUGAAAUGCAUAUGGGUGAUUCCUCAGCAAGGCCUAACACUAGCAUUCGGAGGAAUUCUGGCACGAGGAAGCAGAAAGUUCAAAAUUUUAGAAGACCAGUUAAACAGUGGAUUAGGAAAGAAAAUGCUAGAGCAGAGUGAGCACUUGAUUUGGCUAUUUGGGAGUUUUUAUUCUUUCCCCCUCUGCAUUUAUGUGGUAAUCGAGGAUGCUAUUUGAACAAAUAUAAGUCCAUAGAAACAGAAAGAAAAAAAAAAAAUUGAAUAAAAAUUAUAGAAUAGCAAAAAAAAAAAAAAAAAAAAAGGGGUGCCUCUUACUCGUUGUUAUCAUAAUGAUUUUUAAUUUUUUAUCCUCUUGCAAUACACUUUUUCAUUUUUUUUGGUUGAAAGUUUUGUAAUAAGAAAAAGAUUGGGACUGAGCUCAGUUAAAGACACUUUGAGCCGAUAUUUAGUGAAACUAUUAAUGAAAACGUCUUGUAGCUGA